GCUGCGCUGCGCUGCGCUCCAUGGAGGUGGCCAACGGGGCCCUGCCCGACGGCCAGGCGGGGGGGGGCUCCCGCGACGGCGCCGCGGCGGCAGCGGCCGCCCCGUCGGGCAAGAAGGAGGUGAAGAUCGUGAUCGUCGGGGACGGCGGCUGCGGGAAGACGUCGCUGCUCAUGGUGUACGCGAAGGGCGCCUUCCCCGAGCAAUAUGCUCCGUCUGUCUUUGAGAAGUAUACUACCAGUAUUACCAUUGGCAGCAAAGAAGUCAUCUUGAAUUUGUAUGACACUGCAGGGCAGGAGGACUACGAUCGGCUCCGACCACUUUCUUACCAGAACACAAAUGUAGUGUUAAUUUGUUACGAUGUCAUGAAUCCCACGAGCUAUGAUAAUGUAAUAGUUAAGUGGUAUCCUGAAGUGAGUCACUUCUGCCGCGGCGCCCCUCUCGUACUGAUCGGCUGCAAGACAGACCUUCGGAAAGACAAAGAACAGUUGCGUAAGCUCCGGGCCUCUCAGCAGGAGCCCAUUACUUACAACCAGGGCGAAACAGCUUGUCAGCAAAUUCAUGCAGAAGUUUAUCUGGAGUGCUCAGCGAAGUGUCGUGAAAACAUAGAAAAUGUUUUUAAAGAAGCAACAACCAUUGCACUAAAUGCCAUGAAAAAAGCCAAACGCCAAAAGAAGCGGACAGUGUGCUCAAUGCUAUGAUCUGGACUGCAAAUGAGCAUUGCAGCCAAGUGAUUCACAUUUUAGCAACAGUAUAACCUUAAAGACUUUUUUUCCCCCCCGUUACAUGUUUUUAUUCCUGCAGUGAUUUUUACAUUUUAACUUUUUAAUAUUUUUGCACUUUUGUUGAACUGCUCUCAGAGCUUUUGAAGCUAAGUUAACUGAUGGCCCACCAAUGAGUUCUUGGAUCCACUGUAAACUGCAAUGAACUCCUACUAUCUGACUUGAAUAGUUUUUUCUCUAGAAAUUAGCUGUGGUACAUUUUGGCUACAAUUUAUUACCUUGGUUAACUAAAUUUAAGCAGAAAAGCUAGAAAGGCCACCUCUCAGAAGAACUGAUGUUAAAGCAGCACAUUUAAAGAGGACAGGAAUUAACUUGAAAAUAUUAAUAUAGAACUUAACUUACUCAAUGACAGUGAACUGAGUUAGCCUCAAACUGUCCCCUAGACUGCACAGGCAAAGCAUCCACUCCUUUAUCAUUGCACCAGCUUUGCAGAGCUGCUCCUUUAGAGGACUCCUUGCAAGGCCUGUUGCCCUAACAGAAAGUGUUACUCAUCAUUGGCUAUACAUCAGUUGCUCCAAUUCAGAAAUGGAGUAUCAUGGAAAACAUUUAAUCUACAGCACUGAAAGUUAGAAACACUUGAAGCAGCUACUCCAUGCAAUAUAGUCAGUUUUACAAUAAACUCCUGCAGUUUAUUUAAUACACAACAGAUGCAAAUGUGGGUGCAUGCUAGGGGCAGAGAGGUACUUAGCUGGACAACUCCUGUUCAUUAGCUGAUUAAAUAAUUGCUACUACUGUGAAAUAAAUUCUCCCUUUAUGAUGAAGGUGUCAGUUGUCUAUUAAAGGACAUUGGUUUCUCUCAGUGAACAACCUAGUA